CUUCCCUUUCGUCAGGCACAGCUGUCAAAUCAUCCAUCUCAAGCUCUCAAAUAAUCGGACAAAAAGAGAAGAAACGAAAUUAUUUUCUUCAACAUUUCCCCAUCUAAUUCGUCGAGAGCGAGGACGAGGGCGGGAAGAGACCGCGACGAUGUCGGUGCCGGAGGCGGGGCAAUCGACGGGGAGGGACGAGCAAGAGAGCGACGCGUACGAGCAGCACCAGACUAGGGUUCUCUCGGCGCUGAUGCAGGGCUUCUGCGCCGCGCGGUACCGCAAAGCCGAUAACACCCCCUGCCCCAUCGACCAGGGCCUCUACUUGGGCUCUAUUGGAGCAGCACUGAACAAGGAUGCCCUGAAGAGCUUGAACAUCACCCACGUCUUGGUUGUUGCCAGAUCACUGAAUCCUGCCUUUCCAGCAGAAUUUACCUACAAGAAGAUCGAGGUACUUGACAGCCCAGAUACGGAUUUGGUAAAGCAUUUUGGUGAAUGCUUUGCUUUCAUAGAUGAAGGUAUCUGCACUGGUGGCAAUGUGUUGGUUCACUGCUUUGCAGGGCGGUCCCGGAGUGUUACUGUUGUUCUUGCAUAUCUCAUGAACAAGCAUCAGAUGAGCCUGCAAAGUGCCAUGUCACUGGUUAAAAGCAAGCGGGCUCAAAUAGCACCUAAUGAGGGUUUUAUGUCCCAGCUGGUGAACUUUGAGAAGUCUCUGCAAGCAGUGGAGCAUGGACGAAGAGUCAUGCAAUCUAACUAACUAUAGUGUAAAUAUCAAGAACCUGGUGUCAACAGCUGCAUGACUGCAUGUUAUUGCCUCCACAAAUCAAUCAAGGCCAUGGCAACCGGUAUGGGAGUUACGGUCAUCUUAUUAUACUCGGUUCGAACCAGCUCUAGAGGAAUGCAGAGCAUACGACAUUCUAACGUGUAAUUCAUUUUCCGCAUGAACAACCUUUGCCCCCUUUAUUUAGGGCCUAUUUGAAUAAAGGAAAUUUUCCCUUUUGACCAAGGCAAAUUGAUCUGUUUCAAACUCUCAGCAGCAUCAGCCUUCUGAAAUGAAGAUUUGUAUGUAUGAUUUGUUGAAUAGAAAUGGUAUGCUGGUUGUUGGAGACAUAUAGAUUAGCUUCCGUUCGGGUGGUUGUA